AUGAGUUCAAAACAUGAUGCAAUCGAAGCUCAAUCGAAAGCUAUGCGUGAUGAACGUCGACGAGAAGACGAUGAAGCUCGUGGUACAAGAUUUGGUGAUCAAAUCCUUGAUACAGAUGUUUAUGAAGAAAAUGCACGAACUGGUUAUUUUAAUUAUGUACCAGGAAAUAAUGAUGAUGAUGAUGAAGAUGACGAUUAUGCAUCAUCAUUACCAAAUGUAAAACCAAAAGCAUAUGGACCAACAGCUGAUAUUUUACAAAAUAUUCCAAAUAUUGAUCGAAAUUAUGAUCCAUUAGCUGAACAUCGUCGACCAACAAUAGCUGAUAGAGAAAAUGAAUAUCAAAAAAAACGACGUAUGAUACCAGGAAGAAUUUCACCUGAACGAUUAGAUUAUUUUGCUGAAGGUGGAAAAACACCGGAUCCACAAGCUAAAGGACGUAGUUAUGCAGAAAUUAUGGGUGAAAUUGCUAUACGAAAUGCAAAAACUGAUACACGAAAUCAAUUGGCAGAAAGAGCUAAAGCAGCUGAAGGUCAAAGUAGUACAACAGCUAAUGGAGGUGCAAGUGCAUCAGGUGAAAAACGUCGACGACGAUGGGAUCAAACAGCGCCUGCUGAUGAUAAUGAUCCAAAAGCAAAAAAAAUAGCUUAUGAUGAAGCAGUAACACCAGCUCAUCGAAUGUGGGAUGCUACACCAGCACCUGGUCAAUCAUCAUUUGAUGAAACACCUGUGGCUUCACGUACACCUGGUGCUGAAACACCACAUCAUUCAGCUACGCCAUCAAAUAAACGUAAUCGAUGGGAUGAAACUCCACGUACGGAACGAGAAACAACAAAUUCUGGCUGGGCAGAAACACCAAAAACUGAUCGUGGUGGUAUGGAUGAUGUUGAUUAUAUUAUACGAUCAACACCAACACCUUCAACUGAUAAACGUCGUUCACGUUGGGAUGAAACACCAGCAAAUGCAACAACAAAUGGAGGUAGUUUUACACCUGUUGCAAAAGAAAUUGGCGUUGCAUCAACACCACGUACAUCUGGUAGUUUUACACCAGGUAUGACACCAAUUAUAGCAACACCUGUUGGAACACGUGCAGCUAAUAUGGCAACACCAACACCAAGUCAAAUUCCAAUGACACCUGAACAAAUGCAAGCAUAUCGUUGGGAACGUGAAAUAGAUGAACGUAAUCGUCCAUUAUCAGAUGAAGAACUUGAUGCGAUGUUUCCACCUGGUUAUAAAAUUUUACCACCACCAGCAUCAUAUAUACCAAUACGUACACCAGCACGUAAAUUAACAGCAACACCAACACCACAAUCAACAUUUUCAGGUUUUCAUAUACAAGAAUCUGCACAUGGACAAAGUGCACAAUCAAAUCAAUUACAAGAAUAUCAACCAUCAGGAAAUUUACCAUUAUUAAAACCAGAUGAUUUACAAUAUUUUGAUAAACUAUUACAAGAAGUUGAUGAAGAAUCAUUAACACCUGAAGAACAAAAAGAACGAAAAAUAAUGAAAUUAUUACUUAAAAUUAAAAAUGGUACACCACCUAUGCGUAAAGCAGCAUUAAGACAAAUAACUGAUAAAGCACGAGAAUUUGGUGCUGGUCCAUUAUUUAAUCAAAUUUUACCAUUAUUAAUGUCACCAACAUUAGAAGAUCAAGAACGUCAUUUACUUGUUAAAGUUAUUGAUCGUAUUUUAUAUAAACUUGAUGAUCUUGUACGUCCAUAUGUACAUAAAAUUUGUGUUGUUAUUGAACCACUUUUAAUUGAUGAAGAUUAUUAUGCACGUGUUGAAGGACGUGAAAUAAUAUCAAAUUUAGCUAAAGCAGCUGGUUUAGCAACAAUGAUAUCAACAAUGAGACCUGAUAUUGAUAAUUUAGAUGAAUAUGUACGUAAUACAACAGCACGUGCAUUUGCUGUUGUUGCAUCAGCACUUGGUAUACCAGCAUUGUUACCAUUUUUAAAAGCUGUUUGUAAAAGUAAAAAAUCAUGGCAAGCAAGACAUACAGGAAUUAAAAUUAUACAACAAAUUGCUAUUUUACUUGGUUGUGCUAUUUUACCACAUUUAAAAUCAUUAGUUGAAAUUAUUGAACAUGGUCUUAUUGAUGAACAACAAAAAGUACGAACAAUUACAGCUUUAGGUAUUGCAGCAUUAGCUGAAGCAGCAGCACCAUAUGGUAUUGAAUCAUUUGAUACUGUACUUAAACCAUUAUGGAAUGGUAUUAAACAACAUCGUGGAAAAGGUCUUGCUGCAUUUCUUAAAGCUAUUGGUUAUUUAAUACCAUUAAUGGAUGCUGAAUAUGCAUGUUAUUAUACACGUGAAGUAAUGAUUAUAUUAAUACGUGAAUUUCAAUCACCUGAUGAAGAAAUGAAAAAAAUUGUACUUAAAGUUGUUAAACAAUGUACAGCAACUGAUGGUGUUGAAGCUAAAUAUAUUAAAGAAGAAGUUUUACCAUCAUUUUUUAAAUAUUUUUGGAAUCAACGUAUGGCAUUAGAUCGUCGUAAUUAUCGACAAUUAGUUGAUACAACUGUUGAAAUGGCAAAUAAAGUUGGUUCAUCAGAAAUAAUUAAUCGUAUUGUUGAUGAUUUAAAAGAUGAAUCUGAACAAUAUCGUAAAAUGGUUAUUGAAACAAUUGAAAAAAUAAUGACAAAUUUAGGUUCAGCUGAUAUUGAUUCACGUUUAGAAGAACAAUUAAUUGAUGGUAUACUUUAUGCAUUUCAAGAACAAACAACUGAAGAUACAGUUAUGUUAAAUGGUUUUGGUGCUGUUGUUAAUUCAUUAGGUAAACGUUGUAAAGCAUAUUUACCACAAAUAUGUGGUACAAUAUUAUGGCGUUUAAAUAAUAAAGCAGCUAAAGUACGACAACAAGCAGCUGAUCUUAUACAAAAAAUAGCUAAUGUUAUGAAAUUAUGUUCAGAAGAAAAAUUAAUGGGACAAUUAGGACUUGUUUUAUAUGAAUAUCUUGGUGAAGAAUAUCCUGAAGUUUUAGGAAGUAUUCUUGGAGCAUUAAAAGGAAUUGUUAAUGUUAUUGGUAUGACUAAUAUGACACCACCUAUUAAAGAUUUAUUACCAAGAUUAACACCUAUUUUAAAAAACAGACAUGAAAAAGUUCAAGAAAAUUGUAUUGAUCUUGUUGGUCGUAUAGCUGAAUUAGGUGCCGAACAUGUACCAGCUCGAGAAUGGAUGCGUAUUUGUUUUGAAUUACUUGAAUUACUUAAAGCACAUAAAAAAUCAAUUCGUCGCGCUGCUAUUAAUACAUUUGGUUAUAUAGCUAAAGCUAUUGGUCCACAUGAUGUUUUAGCUACAUUAUUAAAUAAUCUUAAAGUACAAGAACGACAAUUACGUGUUUGCACAACUGUUGCUAUAGCUAUUGUAUCUGAAACAUGUUCACCAUUUACUGUUUUACCAGGUCUAAUGAAUGAAUAUCGUGUACCAGAAUUAAAUGUUCAAAAUGGUGUAUUAAAAGCAUUAGCAUUUAUGUUUGAAUAUAUAGGUGAAAUGUCAAAAGAUUAUAUAUAUGCAGUAACACCAUUACUUGAAGAUGCUAUGAUGGAUAGAGAUUUAGUACAUCGUCAAACAGCAAUGACUGCUAUUGGACAUAUGUCAUUAGGUGUAUUUGGUUUUGGUUGUGAAGAUGCAUUAUGUCAUUUAUUAAAUCAUGUUUGGCCAAAUAUAUUUGAAACAAGUCCACAUGUUAUUCAAGCAUUUAUAUCUGCUAUUGAAGGUUUACGUGUUGGUCUAGGACCAGGUCGAGUACUUUAUUAUACAUUACAAGGCCUCUUUCAUCCAGCUCGACGAGUACGUGAUGUUUAUUGGAAAGUCUAUAAUACAUUAUAUAUUGGUGCACAAGAUACUUUAGUUACUGGUUAUCCACGUAUUGUUGAUGAUAAUAUUCGUCCAACAAUAGAUGAAAAUGAAUCAUUACAAAAACGUAUUGAAAAACCACGUAAUGAUUAUGCACGAUAUGAACUUGAUUAUAUUAUAUAA